AACUAUGGGAAUUGUAGGAACUUGUUGAUGAUAAGUUAUGGAAAUUAAUGAAAUAAUGUUUAGAAGAAAACGAUAUUCAGCCUACACGUAAAAUUAGGCUAUGUUCGAUUUGAAUCUUUGGAAUAUAUUAAUAUGUGUCAUCUGGCACUACGUGGGUCAAGUCAAGUGACUUGUGUUUCCUAGCAACAGGACCUGUCAACAAGAAGACAUGGGCCAUAAACUCUAUCGCUAAGUUUAUUUUACUCUUCAUCCACCUGUACAGUACUGUCUGGUUUGUUUUAGGAUUAAUUUUAUUCAGAAUGUAGUGAGAAACAACACUAUACUUAUUAAACAUCUUUAGCGUUUAAAUGUGUUUAUGUGGACUGUCAGUCACCGCCAGUGAAAAUAUCGGGAUUUAAAAGGAAUCCACAUCCAGGGGAGUCACUUAUCCAGCAGGAAUAUGUCAUUCAGACCUCGCACAAGGUCGAUGUUUAUAACCUCCCACAAUUCACAACAAAACUCUACAAGAAGUGUGUCAGCUCGCUCACUAUGUCAGCGCACACAAGCUGGGUACACUAACCGCUGGCAGCUGGCAGGUGCUUCAGGCAGCGACAUGUUGGGUCAGGCACAGGUUCAGAGGGCAGAGGAGUUUGGCGAUAAAUUGGCAGACAGAAAAAUUCUAUCAGCUGACCCCAUGGCACUCCACUGGCACGAGGGUGCCACUAGCUGCCCACAGUUCAUUUUGCCACGUCUCGUUCACCCGCUUUCUGCCAGCCGAUGUACCAGACUCUGCAAAGAUGUCACAUGGUCUUCAAAGCUUGACAGUCCAGCGGAACAAUUUAACAUUUUGUCUCGCAGUGUGACCCAAAACGCUAAACCAGAUGCAGUGCUGGAAUGUCUGGGGGUCAGGUGGGAGCUGCAUUGCUCAGUCCUGAGUGGUUCAGAAAAAUUAUCUGAGAUGUAUACCAACAGCAAAAGACAGAGAGAUGUUCAGCUACAAGAGAGAGCUGUCAUUGGUAAAGAAAGCAGAGCUAGUAAGUCUACGUGUGGAAGAGGACUGGCCUACAGGAAGUGGCAUCUCAGCGGCCCUUUGAUUCUCCGACUGCCUGUCACAGAUGCCUCCAUCAAUAAAGAGGCUUUGUCUUUUGCCCUGCGGACACUGUACGACCCAGAGGAACGCCCCAAUGAAUGGGGAGAGACUGUGCUCUCUACUGCCGCAUUACUGGGAAUCUCCAACCUCUUCCAGAAGUGUCUUAAAGAGAUGUUGACAAAUAUCUCAUCUUCUACUGUGUGCAGCUUUCAUCGAGUCUCCUGCAAGUUCAAAGAGACUAUUCUCCAGAGAGCAUGUGAGCGCUGGUUGGAGCUGUUCCUUGUGAUUGAACUCUCCUGCCAUAUAAAACUCAGAGAUCUCCCCUUUGACCUCUUGCUGAAGACCCUGCUUAGUCCAAGACUGUUCACAUCUAAUGAGUAUGAGGUCUUGAGAGCAGUGCUGUACUGGCUGUACCUGCAGUUAAACCCCUUCAGAGAGACCCUACCAGCCCAUAGCACCGUCAUCACCUUCUUCUCCAAGGAAACGGCUGUUUUCUUGGAACAGCCUCAGGGUCAAAAAUGCAUCACUAUCUUUCAAGCUCUUCGUAUGCAUGGCAUUACUGAAUGGCAGCAUCUGCAGGAGCUGCAGGACAUCAGAGUUCUUCCUGAAUCCUGGCUGCUUCACAUCCUGUCUAAUCAUUACCACACUCUUUACAGCGGGGGCGACAUGGCUGUGACUGACUUCUCCAAACAAGCCAUCCGGUUUGGAAUGAUGUUUGAUAGUGAACCAGUGUGCUGCACUCAAACCAUCAGCCUCUAUGGCUUUUACUUUCUCCUCCAAGCUGCUAAAAUGGGCGAAUCAGAUUCAUACAGCUUCUCCAUUGAGAGGUUAAGACACUGGGAUCCAGCUUUAUGCCAGUCUUCCAUUGUGAGCCAUCCAUACAGUGUGAGAUCGGAUCGAUCAGUGUGCUAUCACAUCACAGUGCAAAGCUACUCCAGUGGCGAGUGGCAAGAGCACAGCAGUGGAGCUGUCACUCAAGAGUUUGGCUUAUGCAAACGCCGCUGUAGGAGCAAGCCGUUCCAGAUUGAAGGACUUUCUCCACCCAUCCUAGUGACUUUUUCCCUGGCGUUCCCCUUUUGAUCUUGCAUCUCGGCCACUUUUCAUAGUGAAUAAAUGAAUGGAUUAUACCCAAUGUCAAAAUGCAUUUGUGUUUUUCAUGUUUAUGUAUGGUGGACACUAUGUCUAAUAACAGCUAAAUUGUAGUAUGAAUGC